AGGCGGAUGGAGGCACCGGCUGCGUCCCGUUCAUUAAACAUCAUUAAUAAUGUCGGAGCUGUAAAAUCUCUGCAGUUCAGAGCGGACCGGAAUGUUUAACAUUGAUUCUUAUCUGCGUUUCAGUCUUUAUUAUUGUACGUUUUGCACGAGCGCUCGCGACUUGUUGCUAAGCAAACUGGCUAAUCUUGCGUUUGUAAACAUUAGCUAGCCAGCGAAUUCUCCCGGCUAGCUAAGCUAAGCUAAGCUAAACCAGGCUAACCGCCGCCUGUGGCAGAAAUGGCCACCAUGGAGAAACUAAUGAAAGCCUUCGAGUCGCUCAAAUCGUUCCAGCAGCAGCAGCAGGGCCCGCCGUCUGCAGAGGAGCUGGUGCAGAAACAGAAAAAAGAUCUUGCAACCACUAAAAAAGACCGAGUGACCCACUGUUUAACGAUAUGUGAGAACAUCGUAGCACAAUCUCUAAGGACUUCUCCCGAAUUCCAGAAACUUCUGGGAAUCGCCAUGGAAAUGUUUCUGCUGUGCAGCGACGAUAAGGAGUCUGAUGUACGGAUGGUGGCGGACGAGUGCCUGAAUAAAAUCAUCAAGGCGUUGAUGGAUUCCAACUUGCCUCGACUGCAGCUUGAGCUUUACAAAGAGAUUAAAAAGAACGGCGCCUCUCGGAGUCUGCGGGCAGCGCUCUGGAGGUUCGCUGAACUCGCUCAUUUUGUGCGUCCACAGAAAUGCAGGCCAUAUCUGGUGAACCUGUUGCCCUGUCUGACGCGGAUCACUAAGCGGCAGGAGGAGAUGGUGCAGGAGACUUUGGCUUCCUCGAUUCCCAAAAUCAUGGCAGCCCUCGGGAACUUCGCCAACGACAAUGAGAUCAAGGCGCUCCUGAAAGCCUUCGUGGCGAAUCUGAAAUCCAGCUCUCCCACUAUCCGGCGUACAGCGGCCAGUUCCGCGGUCAGCGUUUGUCAGCACUCGCGAAGAACCAACUACUUCUACACAUGGCUUCUCAACGUGCUCCUGGGUUUGGUGGUUCCAGUGGACGAUGAACACUCGAACCACCUGAUCUUAGGUGUGUUACUGACCCUGCGCUACCUGAUGCCACUGCUGCAGCAGCAGGACGCCAGCACCAGCCUGAAAGGCAGCUUCGGCGUCAUGAGGAAGGAGGCGGACGUCUCCCCCACACCCGAACAGCUCAUUCAGGUGUACGAACUGACACUACACUACACGCAGCACCACGACCAUAACGUGGUCACUGCGUCUCUGGAGCUCCUGCAGCAGCUCUUCCGUACUCCACCCCCAGAGCUUCUCCACACGCUCAUCACUCCCAGCAAAAUUACACACACCCGGGUCUUCAGAGAGGAGCUGGAGUGUCGGGCUCGCAGUGGCAGCAUCCUGGAGCUCAUCGCCGGUGGAUCAAUGUCCAGUCCACUCGUCCUCAGGAAGCAGAAAGGUAAACUGCUGUCAGCCGAAGAGGAAGGUCUGGAGGAUGAUCCAGAGAGAGCAGAGGUCACUACAGGCUCUUUUACAGCCUCAGUGGGUGGGGACAGUUCCAGCGACGCUCCCUCCUCGUCGGGCGUGUCGUCCCUCAGCACGGCCGACAUCAUCACCGAACAGCCGCGCUCCUCCCAGCACACCCUGCAGCCGGGCGACUCCGUGGACCUGAGCGCGUCCUCGGAGCGAGGCGGCGGGCCGGACACGCCGGACGACGAAGACGACGACAUGCUGAGCCGCAGCUCGGGCAGCGCCGUCCGGGCGGUCGGCGACACCCCGGAGCCGCUCUCGGAGUCCAAUCGGGCCUCCACGGGGGCGGGCUCGUCGUCGUCGCCGCCCAGCGACAGCUCGCAGACCACCACGGAGGGACCGGACUCGGCCGUGACACCCUCGGACUGCGCCGAUCUCGUAAGACACACUUCCUUCCGCUCUGCCAGUGAGACCUCGUCAUCGUACACGACCUCCUCCUCCUCCACCUCCUCUUCUAUAACUUCUUCCUCUUCCGCCGUGUCCUUCGCUAGCAGUAGCGACAAGGUGUUGGAUGGCAGUGAGAGUCAGUACUCAGGGAUGCAGAUCGGCACUUUGCAGGAUGAGGAAGAGGAGGGAGUGGCUCCAGCCGCCGAGGAAGCUCCAGAGCCCUUCUCCCAGUCCAUGCUGGCACGGAGUAAACCUCACCUACUAGAGGGCAAAGGUCACAACAGACAAGCCUCCGACAGCAGCGUGGAUCGCUUUAUACCAAAGGACGAAGUUCUGGAGCCUGUGGACCCCGAAAACAAGCCGUCUAGGAUUAAAGGAGAGAUCGGACACUACACCCAUCCAGCCGAGGCUCCCCUGGUCCAUUGUGUCCGGCUGCUGUCCGCGUCCUUCCUGCUCACCGGCCACAGAAACGGGCUGGUUCCCGAUAAGGAGGUGCGUGUGAGUGUGAAGGCGUUGGCCGUCAGUUGUGUCGGGGCGGCAGCCGCUCUUCUUCCCGAGACGUUUUUUAACAAACUCUACCUGGAGCCCAUCGAAGGGCAGCAACCGGACGAGCAGCAGUACGUGAGUGACAUCCUGCAGUACAUCGAGCACGGAGACCCUCAGAUCAGAGGAGCCACAGCCAUACUGUGCGGAGCUCUGAUCCAAGCCAUCCUGAUCAAGACUCGUUUCAGCACCGAGGCGUGGUCCUCCCGCCUGCACAGCACCACGGGAAAUCCGCUUUCUCUGGAAGCUGUGGUGCCGGUGCUGCAGCGUUGUCUAAAGGACGAGUCCUCGGUCACAUGCAAGAUGGCCUGUUUGGCUGUCAGGCACUGCAUCAUGGCUCUGUGCUGCAGCAAUUUUAGCGAGCUGGGUCUGCAGCUUCUCGUCGACCUCCUGACCCUGAGGGAUUGCUCUUACUGGCUGGUCCGUACAGAGCUACUGGAAACGCUGGCAGAAGUGGACUUCCGGUUAGUGAGUUUCCUAGAGAGGACGACUGAGAAGUUACACAAAGGAGAGCAUCACUACAGCGGGUUAUUGCGUCUGCAGGACAGAGUGAUACACGAUGUUGUUCUUUACCUGCUGGGUGAUGAAGAUCCACGAGUACGACACGUUGCUGCUUCAACAAUCUCUAGGAUGGUGUCCAGGCUGUUCUAUGAUUGCGACCAGGCUCAGUCAGAUUCAGUGGUGGCCACUGCACGUGAUCAGAGCAGCGUGUACCUGCAGCUUCUGAUGCACGAGACCCAGCCUCCGUCCCAGUUCACGGUCAGCACCAUUAUAAGGACAUACAGGGGUUAUAAUCUGUCGCAGGGUGUGUCAGACGUCACGCUGGAGAACAACCUGUCUCGGGUCAUCACGGCCAUCUCUCACGCUUUAUCCUCCUCCACCUCUAGAGCACUGACCUUUGGCUGCUGCGAGGCUCUGUGUCUGCUCUCGUCCACCUUCCCGGUGUGCACGUGGAGUACGGGGUGGCACUGCGGUUUCGUCAGCUCCCCCGUGUCCCACUCCACUCGCUCCAGCCAGCAUCGCAGCCAGGGGCGCUCUUCCAGUGUGUCUCAGUCUCAAGGUGGCGCUAGUGAGGAGAGCCGCAGGUCUCUGACUCUCAGUGUGACCAGCACCGUGCUCUCUCUGCUCUCUUCAGCCUGGUUCCCACUGGACCUCUCUGCCCAUCAGGACGCCCUGGUGCUGGCCGGGAACCUGCUCGCUGCCGCCGCCCCGAAGUGUAUGAAAAGCCCGUGGGCGGGUGAAGACGACUCCGGCUCCACCUCGUCCAAACAGGAAGAGCCGUGGCCGGCGCUGAAUGACCGGAACCUCGUGACUACGGUGGAGCAGCUGUUCUCCCACCUGCUGAGGAUUCUCAACAUCUGCUCGCACGUCCUGGAUGACACGUCCCCGGGUCCCGCCGUCAAGGCUACUUUGCCCUCGCUGAGCAACACUCCAUCUCUGAGUCCAAUCAGGCGAAAGGGCAAAGAGAAAGACACCAGCGAACCCAGCACGACCCCCAUGAGCCCCAAGAAAGGAGGAGAACCCAAUGCAGGCAGACCAACAGACAGCACGAGCGCAGCUCCAGCCAGCAAAUCCACAUCAGUCGGUAGUUUCUAUCACCUGCCCCCUUACCUGAAGCUCUACGACGUUCUGAAGGCCACUCAUGCUAACUACAAGGUGACGCUGGACCUCUUCAGCACCAGCGAGAAAUUUGGCAGCUUCCUGCGCUCUGCCCUUGACGUCCUGUCUCAGCUGUUGGAGCUCGCCACCCUCCACGAUAUCGGAAAGUGUGUGGAGGAAAUCCUGAGUUACCUAAAGUCCUGUUUCCUACGUGAACCCACCCUGGCGACCGUGUGUGUCCAGCAGCUGCUAAAGACGCUGUUCGGGACGAACUUAGCCUCGCAGUACGACGCGUCCUCCUUGCACCCCUGCCGCUCUCAGGGGAAAGCCCUCCGCCUGGGCUCGUCCAGCCUGAGACCCGGGCUGUAUCACUACUGCUUCAUGGCACCUUACACGCACUUCACUCAGGCUCUCGCCGACGCAAGUCUGAGGAACAUGGUGCAAGCCGAACAGGAGCAGGACACGUCCGGGUGGUUCGAUGUGAUGCAGAAGGUGUCCAAUCAGCUGAGGUCCAGCAUCACGAACGUGACACGUCAUCGAGGAGACAAGAAUGCCAUCCACAACCACAUCCGUCUGUUCGAACCGCUGGUUAUCAAGGCGCUGAAGCAGUACACCACCAGCACCUGCGUGGCCCUGCAAAAGCAAGUGCUGGACCUUCUGGCUCAGCUGGUGCAGCUCCGAGUCAACUACUGCCUUCUGGAUUCAGACCAGGUGUUCAUUGGCUUUGUGCUGAAGCAGUUCGAGUACAUUGAGGUGGGGCAGUUCAGAGACUCUGAGGCGAUCAUUCCCAGCAUUUUCUUCUUCCUGGUGCUGCUGUCCUACGAGCGUUAUCACUCCAAGCAGAUCAUCAGCAUCCCGAAGAUUAUUCAGCUGUGUGACGGCAUCAUGGCUAGUGGCAGGAAAGCUGUUACCCACGCGAUUCCUGCCCUGCAGCCCAUAGUCCAUGAUCUGUUUGUGCUGAGGGGCUCGAACAAGGCCGAUGCGGGCCGAGAGCUGGAGACGCAGAAGGAGGUGGUGGUGUCCAUGCUGCUCCGCCUCAUACAGCACCACCAGGUGUUGGAGAUGUUCAUACUGGUUCUGCAGCAGUGCCAUAAGGAGAACGAAGAUAAAUGGAAGAGGCUCUCACGACAGAUCGCUGAUAUCAUUCUACCCAUGAUCGGGAAGCAGCAGAUGCACCUUGAUUCACCUGAAGCACUGGGCGUGUUAAACACCCUCUUUGAGACGGUCGCUCCGUCCUCUCUGAGACCAGUGGACAUGCUGCUGAAGAGCAUGUUCGUCACACCGUCUACAACGGCAUCGGUUGGCACGGUGCAGUUGUGGGUAUCUGGUAUUCUGGCCAUUCUGCGUGUGCUGAUCUCUCAGUCCACGGAGGAGAUCAUUCUGUCCCGUGUCCAGGAGCUGUCCCUGUCUCCGUACCUUCUGUCCUGCCCUACCAUCAGCCGUCUGCAGAGCGGCGACUCCUCGAGCACGACGGCUCCACCGAGUGGCGCUGCGGAGACGGACGGCGAGCCUCAGCGCUUUCCACCCGAGGAGACUUUCGCCAGAUUCCUGCUGCAGUUGGUGGGAGUUCUGCUGGAUGAGAUUUCCAGUAAGCAGGUGAAGGUGGACAUGAGCGAGCAGCAGCACACCUUCUACUGCCAGCAACUCGGAACCCUGCUCAUGUGUCUCAUCCACAUCUUUAAAUCAGGAAUGUUCAGGCGUAUCACCGCUGCGGGCAGCCGUCUGCUGAAAGCCGAGGGGGGCGAGGGUAACGCGUUCUACUCUCUGGAGGGGCUAAAUGGCCUGGUGCUCCAGCUCAUCACUACACACCCCUCACUGGUGCUCCUCUGGUGCCAGGUGCUCCUCCUCAUCAACUACACCAACUACUCCUGGUGGUCCGAGGUGAACCAGACCCCGAGGAGACAAAGCCUGUCCAGCACGAAGCUGCUGAGCCCUCACUCGUCCUCGGAGGGGGGGGACCAGAAUUCGGAGGGGAAGCAGGCCGUGUGUAACCGGGAGAUCGUUCGCAGAGGAGCGCUCGUUCUCUUCUGUGAUUAUGUGUGUCAGAACCUGCACGACUCCGAGCACCUGACGUGGCUGACGGUGAACCACGUGAGGGACCUGAUCAGUCUGUCUCACGAGCCGCCCGUGCAGGAUUUCAUCAGCGCGGUGCACCGCAACUCUGCAGCCAGCGGCCUCUUCAUCCAGGCCAUCCAGUCCCGCUGCGACAACCUGUCUACUCCCGUGAUGCUGAAGAAGACUCUGCAGUGUUUGGAGGGGAUUCACCUGAGUCAGUCUGGAGCUCUGUUAAUGCUCUACGUGGACAAGCUGCUGAACACGCCGUUCCGCGUGCUGGCGCGCAUGGUGGACACGCUGGCCUGCAGGCGGGUGGAAAUGCUGCUCGCCGAGACCCUACAGAACAGUAUCGCUCAGCUGCCGUCGGAGGAGCUGGACAGGAUCCAACAAUACCUCCAAACCAGCGGCCUGGCUCAGAGGCACCAGAGGUUCUACUCCCUGCUGGACAGGUUCAGAGCCACAGUGGCAGAGGAAACCGCCAGCCCGACCUGUCCUAUUACGUCCCACCCGCUGGAUGGAGAUCCACCCCCUGCCCCUCAGAACGUCCUAGCCAGUAAGGAUUGGUACGUUACUCUGGUCAAAUCUCAGUGCUGUUCAAGAGGCGAUGGCGCUCUAUACGAGACGACAGACCUUCUAACCAAGCUACCCCAGUCUGACCUGAGUGAGAUCAUGUCCUGCAAGGAGUUUAACUCGAGCCUGCUGGCUUCGUGUCUGAGUGUUGGGCUGCAGAGGCUGUGCAGAGAUCAGGGGUCUGUUCUGUUCGAGACCUCGCUCCAUGUGCUGUUCGAGCAUCUGGCCAGCGUGACGGCGCUCGUACCCGCUCCUCAUCAGCCUCUCAUCGUGUCCUUCCAGCCGUGCGUGGACUCGUCGUACUGGAGCGCACUCGGCAGUGUAUUCGGUGAGCCAGGAUUCUGUCGGAGCGUGAUGAGCGUGUGCGGAGCCCUGAGUCAGUACCUGCUGGCGCUGCCCAAACUGCCCUCGACUUUACACAUCCCACCCGACACGGAGCAGCUCAUCACCACCUUCAGCACUCUGGCCAUAGAGCUGGUGGCGUGGCGUCUGCUGCAGGACCGCUUACCUCUCAGCCUGGACGUACAGACGAGUUUGUCCUGCCUGUGUCUGGCUCUGCAGCAGCCGGCCGUCUGGACGCUCUUCGCCUCUCGGACCUACUUCACUCACACGUGCUCCGUUAUCCACUGUGUCCAGCUGCUCAUCUACGCCAUCGCCGUCGGUCCCGGUGACCAGUUGGUGAAGCCGGAGAGGAAGACGCUGCACGGGGGUCAAGACUCGGAGGAGGAUACCGUAGACUCAGCACCUACCAACCUGUGCGAGCAGCAGUGUUGCGACAUCAUGGCCGAACUCGUGGAAGCCCUGCGGAGCGUCCUAGCUCUCGGCCACCACAAAAACGGCAACAUCCCGGCGUUCCUCACCCCCACGCUGCGUAACGUCAUCAUCAGCCUAGCCAGGCUGCCCCUCGUCAACAGCUACACGCGGGUCCCGCCGCUGGUCUGGAAGCUGGGCUGGUCCCCCAGACGUGGUGGUGAGUUUGGAACGGCGCUGCCCGAGAUUCCUGUGGAGUUUCUACAGGAGAAAGACGUCCUGAGAGAGUUCCUCUACCGCAUCAACGUCCUCGGCUGGAGCAGUCGGACCCAGUUCGAGGAGACUUGGGCCACUCUGUUAGGGGUGCUGGUCACCCAGCCAAUCACUAUAGAUCAAGAGGAGGAGAGUCAGCAAGAGGAUGAUCUGGAGAGAACUCAGAUCAACGUGCUUGCAGUGCAGGCCAUCACCUCUCUAGUUCUGAGCGCCAUGACUCUGCCCACAGCCGGGAACCCUGCGGUCAGCUGCUUAGAACAGCAGCCACGCAACAAGAGCCUCAAAGCUUUAGACACCAGGUUCGGGCGCAAACUGAGCGCCAUCAGGGGCGUGGUGGAGCGGGAGAUUCAGGCCAUGGUGUCGAAGAGAGACAACGUAGCCACGCACUUCCCUUACCAAGCCUGGGACCCCGUCCCUUCGUUAUCGUCUUCGUCCGCAGGUACUCUGAUCAGUCAUGAGAAGCUUCUUCUUCAGAUCAACACGGAGAGAGAAAUGGGCAACAUGGACUAUAAACUCGGACAGGUGUCGAUUCACUCGGUGUGGUUAGGGAAUAAUAUCACUCCGCUGAGGGAGGAAGAGUGGGGUGAUGAUGAAGAAGAUGAAACAGACGCUCCAGCGCCGUCCUCCCCUCCCCUGUCUCCUAUUAACUCCAGGAAGCACCGAGCCGGGGUGGAUAUCCACUCCUGCUCCCAGUUUCUCCUGGAGCUUUACAGCCAGUGGAUCCUUCCCAGCAGCCCCAGCAGCAGAAAGACCCCAGUGGUACUGGUCAGUGAGGUGGUGCGAUCGCUGUUGGCCGUGUCCGACCUGUUUACAGAACGGAACCAGUUCGACAUGAUGUUCUCCACCCUGAUGGAGCUGCAGAAGGUUCAUCCUCCGGAGGACGAGAUCCUCAACCAGUAUCUAGUUCCUGCCAUCUGUAAAGCAGCUGCGGUGCUGGGCAUGGAUAAGGUAACAGCAGAACCCGUGUGCCGGCUGUUGGAGUCCACGUUGAGGAGCACUCAUCUGCCCAGUCGUAUCGGGGCUCUGCAUGGAAUUCUCUACGUGCUGGAGUGCGACCUGCUGGACGACACAGCGCGCCAACUCAUCCCGGCGGUCAGCGAAUACGUCCUGUCUAACCUCCGGGUCAUCGCCCACUGUGUGAACCUCCAUAAUCAGCAGCAUGUGCUGGUGAUGUGCGCUGUAGCAUUUUACAUGAUGGAGAAUUACCCACUGGAUGUCGGGACAGAGUUCAAUGCGGGCGUCAUUCAGCUGUGUGUGGUGAUGCUGUCGGCCAGCGAGGACUCCACCCCGUCGGUCAUCUACCACUGCGCCCUACGAGGCCUGGAGCGCCUCCUCCUGUCCGAGCAGCUCUCGCGCGUGGACGCCGAGACGCUGGUGAAGCUGAGCGUGGACCGCGUCAACAUGCCGAGCCCGCACCGCGCCAUGGCCGCCCUGGGUCUCAUGCUCACCUGCAUGUACACAGGUGUGCCUGGAGAGGAAGGUAAGGAGCGAGGGAGCCCUGGUCGGCCGGCCGACGCGGAUCCCACCGCCCCCGACAGCGAGUCGGUAAUAGUGGCCAUGGAGCGCGUCUCGGUCCUCUUCGACAGAAUCCGUAAAGGUUUCCCGUGCGAGGCCCGCGUGGUGUCUCGGAUCCUGCCCCAGUUCCUGGACGACUUCUUUCCACCACAGGACGUGAUGAACAAGGUCAUCGGGGAGUUCCUGUCCAAUCAGCAGCCGUACCCCCAGUUUAUGGCCGCGGUGGUUUAUAAGGUGUUUCAGACGCUCCACGCCACCGGUCAGUCGUCCAUGGUGCGAGACUGGGUGCUGCUCUCCCUGUCCAACUUCACGCAGAGGACGCCCGUUGCCAUGGCGAUGUGGAGCCUGUCCUGCUUCUUCGUCAGCGCCUCCACCAGCCAGUGGAUUUCGGCUCUCCUGCCGCACGUGAUCAGCCGCAUGGGCAGAGCGGACACGGUGGACGUCAGCCUGUUCUGCCUGGUGGCCAUGGACUUCUACCGGCACCAGAUCGACGAGGAGCUGGACCGCAGAUCCUUCCAGUCCGUGUUCGAGAUGGUGGCGUUACCCGGGAGUCCUUACCACCAGCUGCUGUGCUGUCUGCAGAGCAUCCAUCAGGACACGUCGCUCUGAGGCGGGGCGCGCUCGCUCGCUCGGACGGGUAGAAAGCUAGAAAACGAGACGCGAUGCACGAUGUCAGCGAGUCGGAGCCGAAUUUUAAUCACUGCUUAUAGAGUCUGUCGUACUUUCUGACAUCCUGACGUCAAAGCUUUGAAGUUUACGUGGACGCUGAGCGUAGGACCAAACCACACACGAGCUCGUACACUGUAACAGCCGCUUCUUUCUGUUGGUUUGUGUUUUUUUUUUUGCUCUUGUAUGUGCUUGAGUUAGACGUACGUUCAGGUGGAUAAUGUGAAGACAGGUCAGGGCAGGACGAGUCGAAUGUAUUUUUAUAACUGCAAAUCCUUCGUACUGCUCUGUAACAGCAGCUUCACCAGUCGCAUGUAAAAAUCAACGUACACCGAUCAGCCAUAACAUUAAAACCACCUCCUUGUUUCUACACUCACUGUCCAUGUUA